GGAGAGGAGAGGAGAGGAGGCGGAGAGCAGUCGGUCGUGUUGCUUUUGCAGUGAGGAGACUGGAGAAUCAGAGAAUGGAUGCUACUGGGAUCAAAGUGCUGGAAACAGCAGAUGACAUCCAGGACCGCAGGCAGCAGGUUCUGGACCGCUACAGGCGGUUUAAGGAGUUGUCGGCUCUGCGCCGGCAGAAGCUUGAGGACUCCUACCGCUUCCAGUUCUUCCGACGUGAUGCUGAAGAGCUAGAGAAGUGGAUCCAGGAGAAGCUUCAGAUUGCAUCUGAUGAGAACUACAAAGACCCAACAAACCUUCAGGGCAAACUCCAGAAGCACCAAGCUUUUGAGGCAGAGGUGCAAGCCAAUGCUGGAGCCAUCAUCAAAUUGGAUGAGACAGGCAACCAGAUGAUCACUGAAAGUCACUUUUCCUCAGAGACCAUUCGGACCCGGUUGGAGGAGUUGCACCGGCUGUGGGAGCUGCUGCUGCAGAGGACCCAGGAGAAAGGUGUGCGGCUCCUGCAGGCACAGAAGCUGGUGCAAUACUUGAGGGAGUGCGAGGAUGCCCUAGACUGGAUCAGUGACAAGGAGGCCAUUGUGACCUCAGAAGAGCUGGGCCAGGAUCUAGAGCACGUGGAGGUGCUUCAGAAGAAGUUUGAGGAGUUUCAGACGGACCUGGCAGCUCAUGAAGAACGCGUGAACGAUGUAAAUCAGCUUGCGGCCAAGCUGGUGCAGGAGACGCACCCAGAGGCAGAGCUGAUCACACGCAAGCAAGAUGAAGUCAACGCUGCUUGGCAGCGGCUCAAGGGCCUGGCGCAACAGCGACAGGGAAAGCUGUUUGGGGCGGCUGAAGUGCAACGGUUCAACAGGGAUGUGGAUGAGACAAUCAGCUGGAUUAAAGAGAAGGAGCAGCUGAUGGCUUCUGAUGAUUUUGGACGAGACCUGGCCAGUGUACAGGCAUUGUUGCGCAAGCAUGAGGGCUUGGAGAGAGACCUGGCUGCCUUGGAGGAUAAGGUGAACACCCUUGGCACAGAGGCAGAGCGUCUCCAGCAGACCCACCCUCAGAAUGCCUCCCAGAUUCACCUGAAGAGGGAUGAGCUUAUCACUAACUGGGAGCAGAUCCGCACUCUGGCUGCUGAGCGCCAUGCCCGACUUAAUGACUCUUACAGGUUACAGCGCUUUACAGCAGAUUUCCGUGACCUGACCAGCUGGGUGACGGAGAUGAAGGCCCUGAUCAAUGCAGAUGAGCUGGCCAACGAUGUUGCUGGUGCUGAAGCCCUUUUGGACCGACACCAGGAACACAAGGGGGAGAUCGAUGCCCAUGAGGACAGCUUCAAGAGCACGGAUGAGGCUGGACAGGCGCUACUGAACACAGGACACUAUGCCUCUGAAGAAGUGAAGGAGAAGCUGGGCACCCUGUCUGAUGAGAGGGAGUCCUUGUUGGAACUGUGGGAGCUGCGCAGGCAGCAGUAUGAACAGUGCAUGGAUCUGCAGCUCUUCUACAGGGACACAGAGCAGGUGGACAAUUGGAUGAGUAAGCAGGAGGCCUUCCUCCUGAAUGAGGACCUGGGUGACUCACUGGACAGUGUGGAGGCAUUGCUGAAGAAACAUGAGGACUUUGAGAAGUCUCUCAGUGCCCAGGAGGAGAAAAUUACAGCCUUGGAUGAAUUUGCCACCAAGCUCAUUCAGAACAACCACUAUGCCAAGGAAGAUGUGGCCACCCGCAGAGAUGCAUUGCUGAGCCGUCGGAAUGCCCUGCAUGAGCGUGCUCAGUCCCGACGUGCUGCCCUAGAAGACUCCUUCCACCUGCAGCAGUUUUUCCGUGAUUCUGACGAGCUCAAAAGCUGGAUCAACGAGAAGAUGAAGACAGCUACUGAUGAGGCCUACAAGGACCCUUCGAACCUGCAGGGCAAAGUGCAAAAGCACCAGGCCUUUGAGGCAGAGCUCUCGGCCAACCAGAGCCGUGUCGAUGCACUACACAAGUCUGGGCAAGAACUGAUUGAUGCAAACCACUAUGCUUCUGGUGAGGUGUCUGCACGCAUGGGUGAAGUCAGUGCCCUGUGGAAGAAACUGCUGGAGGCCACAGAGCUGAAAGGAAUCAAGCUUCGUGAAGCUAACCAGCAGCAGCAGUUCAACCGCAAUGUGGAGGACAUUGAGUUGUGGCUGUAUGAGGUGGAGGGCCACCUGGCUUCCGAUGACUAUGGGAAGGACCUGACUGGUGUGCAGAACCUGCAGAAGAAGCAUGCCUUGCUGGAGGCUGAUGUGGCUGCCCAUCAGGACCGCAUUGACGGCAUCACUAUCCAGGCCCGCCAGUUCCAGGAGGCAGGCCACUUUGAUGCUGACAACAUCCGCAGGAAGCAGGAAGCACUGGUGGCCCGAUACGAGGCACUGAAGGAGCCUAUGGCGGCACGCAAGCAGAAGCUGGCUGAUUCCCUGCGCCUACAGCAGCUCUUCCGUGAUGUGGAGGAUGAGGAGACAUGGAUCCGUGAAAAGGAGCCCAUUGCUGCUUCCACCAACAGGGGGAAGGACCUCAUCGGUGUUCAAAACUUGCUAAAGAAACACCAGGCACUGCAGGCUGAGAUUGCUGGACAUGAGCCUCGGAUUAAAGCGGUUUCCCAGAAGGGCCAGGCCAUGGUGGAGGAGGGCCACUUUGCUGGAGACGACGUGAAGAUCAAGCUGAGCGAGCUGAGUAGCCGCUGGGAGGCGCUUAAGGGUAAGGCCUCUCAACGGCGCCAGGACCUAGAGGACUCCCUGCAGGCUCAGCAGUACUUUGCUGAUGCCAACGAGGCUGAAUCUUGGAUGCACGAAAAAGAGCCCAUCGUGGGGAGCACAGAUUAUGGCAAAGAUGAAGACUCUGCUGAGGCCCUGCUGAAAAAGCAUGAGGCAUUGAUGUCGGACCUGAGUGCCUAUGGUAGCACCAUCGAGUCCCUGAAAGAGCAGGCACAGUCCUGCAGGCAACAAGUGGCCCCCACAGAUGAUGAGACAGGCAAGGAGCUGGUGCUAGCCCUGUAUGACUACCAGGAAAAGAGCCCCCGUGAGGUUACCAUGAAGAAGGGAGACAUUCUCACACUGCUCAACAGCACCAACAAGGACUGGUGGAAAGUGGAGGUGAAUGACCGCCAGGGCUUUGUGCCAGCUGCCUAUGUGAAGAAGCUGGACCCAACGCAGUCCUCAUCCCGGGAGAACCUCCUGGAAGAGCAGGGCAGCAUUGUGCUACGGCAGGAGCAGAUUGAGAACCAGUCUCUGGUCACCAAGGAGGCUUGCAGUGUAUCUGUGCGCAUGAAGCAGGUGGAGGAACUAUAUGGUGCCCUGCUGGAGCUGGGAGAGAAGCGGAAAGACAUGCUGGAGAAGAGUUGCAAGAAGUUCAUGCUGUUCCGUGAGGCCAAUGAGCUGCAGCAGUGGAUCACUGAGAAGGAGGGCGCACUCACCAACGAGGAGUUGGGCUCCGACCUGGAGCAAGUGGAGGUGCUGCAGAAGAAAUUUGAUGACUUCCAGAAGGACCUGAAGGCCAACGAGUCACGUCUACGAGAAAUCAACAAGGUGGCAUCUGAGCUGGAGUCAGAGGGACUGAUGGCUGAGGAGGCACCUGCCCUGCAGGCCCAGCAUCAGGAAUUAUUAGGUUCCGCUCCUGGAACUGGAAAGGAUGAUACAGAUUCAAAGACUGCCUCCCCAUGGAAGUCUAUACGCUUGACUGUACAAGCAGUGGCUAACUUUAAUACCAUCAAGGAACUGAAUGAGCGGUGGAAGUCACUGCAGAAACUGUCUGAGGAGAGGAGCAACCUUCUGGGCAGUGCCCAUGAGGUGCAGAGAUUCCACAGGGAUGCUGAUGAGACUAAGGAAUGGAUUGAAGAGAAGAAUCAGGCCCUGAACACGGACAACUAUGGCCAUGAUUUGGCCAGUGUACAAGCACUGCAGCGCAAACAUGAGGGCUUUGAAAGAGACCUGGCAGCCCUUGGAGACAAGGUGAACUCUCUGGGAGAGACUGCUGAGCGGCUGAUCCAGUCUCACCCGGAGGCUGUGGACGACAUCCAGGAAAAGUGCACAGAGCUCAACGCUGCCUGGAGCAGCCUGGUGGGCCGGGCCGACCAGCGUAAGAGCAAGCUGGGCAGCUCACAUGACCUGCAGCGCUUCCUCAGUGACUUCAGGGACCUGAUGUCCUGGAUCAAUGGGAUCCGUGGUCUGGUGUCUUCAGAUGAGCUUGCUAAGGACGUCACCGGGGCUGAGGCCCUGCUGGAGAGGCAUCAGGAGCACCGUACAGAGAUCGAUGCUCGUGCUGGUACAUUCCAGGCUUUUGAGCAGUUUGGUCAGCAGCUUCUGGCACGUAGCCACUAUGCCAGCCCGGAGAUUCAGGAGAAGCUGGAGGCGCUGGAUCGUGAACGGGCUGACUUGGAGAAGGCCUGGGUGCAGCGCCGCAUGAUGCUGGACCAGUGCUUGGAACUGCAGCUGUUCAACCGUGACUGUGAGCAGGCUGAGAACUGGAUGGCAGCCCGAGAGGCCUUCUUGGCCACUGAUGAAAAGGGCGACUCGCUGGACAGUGUAGAGGCCCUGAUCAAGAAGCAUGAAGACUUUGACAAGGCAAUCAAUGUGCAGGAGGAGAAAAUUGCAGCCCUGCAAUCAUUUGCAGACCAAUUGAUUGCUGCGGAUCACUAUGCCAAACCUGAGAUCUCUGCUCGCCGCAAUGAGGUGUUGGACAGGUGGCGCCGCUUGAAGGCGCAGAUGAUUGAGAAACGCUCCAAGCUGGGUGAGUCCCAGACCCUGCAGCAGUUUAGCCGUGAUGUGGAUGAGAUUGAGGCCUGGAUCAGCGAGAAGCUGCAGACCGCCACAGACGAGUCCUACAAAGACCCCACUAACAUUCAGCUUUCCAAACUGCUGAGCAAACACCAGAAGCACCAAGCCUUCGAAGCAGAGCUACAUGCCAACGCCGACCGCAUCCGUGGGGUCAUUGAAAUGGGCAAUUCGCUCAUCCACAGGGGGGCUUGUGCUGGCAGUGAGGAUGCUGUCAAGGUGCGCCUCAGUGCCCUCGAUGACCAGUGGCAAUUCCUGGUGAAUAAGUCUGCAGAGAAGAGCCAGAAGCUGAAGGAGGCCAACAAGCAGCAGAACUUCAACACAGGAAUAAAGGACUUUGAUUUUUGGCUCUCUGAGGUUGAAGCUCUGCUUGCCUCUGAGGAUUAUGGCAAGGACUUGGCCUCAGUCAACAACCUUCUGAAGAAACACCAGCUUCUGGAGGCUGAUAUCUCUGCCCAUGAGGAUCGCCUAAAGGACUUGAACGGCCAGGCAGACAGCCUGAUGGCCAGCAACGCAUUCGACACCUCACAGGUAAAGGACAAGCGUGAUGCUGUCAACGGACGCUUUGGCAAGAUCAAGAGCAUGGCUGCAGGCCGGAGGGCCAAACUGAAUGAGUCACACCGACUUCACCAGUUCUUCAGAGACCUGGAUGAUGAAGAGUCGUGGAUCAAAGAGAAGAAGUUGCUUGUCAGCUCGGAGGAUUAUGGACGUGACCUUACAGGCGUGCAGAACCUGAGGAAGAAGCACAAAAGGCUGGAGGCUGAGUUGGCAGCUCAUGAGCCAGCCAUACAGUCUGUGCUGGAAACUGGGAAGAAGUUGUCAGAUGAUAACACCAUUGGGCAGGAAGAGAUCCAGCAGAGGCUGGCCCAGUUUGUGGAGCACUGGAAGGAGCUGAAAGACCUGGCUGCUGCUCGGGGACAGAGAUUGGAGGAGUCACUGGAGUACCAACAGUUUGUGGCUAAUGUAGAGGAAGAGGAGGCAUGGAUCAAUGAAAAGCUGAAUCUGGUGGCAAGUGAGGACUACGGGGACACACUGGCUGCGGUGCAGGGCCUGUUGAAGAAACAUGAGGCUUUUGAGACAGACUUCACGGUGCACAGAGACAGGGUGAAUGACGUAUGUGCCAACGGGGACGAGCUCAUCAACAAGAACAAUCACCAUGUGGACAACAUCAGUGCCAAGAUGAAGGCUCUGCGUGGGAAAGUGUCAGAGCUGGAGAGGGCAGCAGCACAGAGGAAGGCCAAACUGGAUGAGAACUCUGCCUUCCUGCAGUUCAACUGGAAGGCCGAUGUGGUUGAAUCCUGGAUUGGUGAGAAAGAGAACAGCCUGAAGACUGAUGACUAUGGGCGCGAUCUCUCCUCAGUGCAGACCCUACUCACUAAGCAGGAGACAUUUGAUGCUGGUUUGCAGGCUUUCCAGCAGGAGGGAAUUACAAACAUCACUGCGCUGAAGGACCAGCUGCUGGCGGCCGAGCAUGUGCAAUCACGUGCCAUUGAGGCUCGCCACGCUGCCCUCAUGAAGCGCUGGAACCAGCUGCUGUCCAACUCUGCUGACCGUAAAAAGAAGCUCCUGGAAGCCCAAAAGCACUUCAGAAAGGUCGAAGAUCUCUUCCUUACCUUUGCCAAGAAGGCCUCAGCCUUCAACAGCUGGUUCGAGAAUGCAGAGGAGGACCUGACAGACCCCGUACGCUGCAACUCCCUGGAGGAGAUCCGGGCUCUCCGAGAGGCCCAUGAAGCCUUCCGUUCCUCUUUGAGUUCCGCCGAAGCUGACUUUAAUCAGCUGGCCGAGCUGGACCGCCAGAUCAAGAGCUACCAGGUGGUGUCAAACCCAUACACCUGGUUCACCAUGGAGGCCCUGGAGGAGACUUGGAGGAACCUACAGAAGAUCAUCAAGGAGCGAGAGCUAGAGCUGCAAAAGGAGCAGCGGAGGCAGGAGGAAAAUGACAAGCUGCGGCAGGAGUUUGCCCAGCACGCCAACGCCUUCCACCAGUGGCUGCAAGAGACCAGGACAUAUCUUCUGGAUGGCAUAGCCUAUCGGCGGGUUAUCCAUGUCUAUCAGUACGAAGUCGAUGAUGAUCUUUCUGGAAGGUCUUGCAUGGUGGAGGAGUCAGGAACUCUGGAAUCCCAGUUAGAAGCGACUAAGCGCAAGCACCAGGAGAUCCGGGCCAUGCGCAGCCAGCUGAAGAAGAUUGAGGACCUGGGGGCAGCCAUGGAGGAGGCCCUCAUCCUGGACAACAAGUAUACAGAGCAUAGCACCGUGGGCCUGGCACAGCAGUGGGACCAGCUCGACCAGCUGGGCAUGAGGAUGCAACACAAUCUGGAGCAGCAGAUCCAGGCUAGGAACACCACUGGUGUGACAGAAGAAGCCCUGAAAGAAUUCAGCAUGAUGUUCAAGCAUUUCGAUAAGGACAAGUCAGGCCGCCUCAACCACCAGGAGUUCAAGUCCUGCCUGCGCUCCCUGGGUUACGACCUGCCCAUGGUGGAGGAGGGAGAGCCUGAUCCAGAGUUCGAGGCCAUCCUGGACACCGUAGACCCCAACAGAGACGGCCACGUAUCUCUACAGGAGUACAUGGCCUUCAUGAUCAGCCGUGAAACUGAGAAUGUCAAGUCAAGCGAGGAGAUCGAGAGCGCCUUCCGAGCACUGAGCGCAGAGAACAAGCCCUACGUGACCAAGGAGGAACUCUACCAGAACCUGACCAAGGAGCAGGCCGACUACUGCAUCUCCCACAUGAAGCCCUACAUGGACAGCAAGGGCCGGGAGCUGCCCUCGGCCUUCGACUUUGUGGAAUUCACCCGCUCGCUCUUUGUGAACUAGUCCCUGCCCCCUGCCUGCCAGUGACCAAUCGGAAUGCGUUUUCCCACAGCCCAGCUGCAUGAUACACACUACAAGACACCUUUCUUCUCUCUAAAUGGGUCCCGUAGAUUGACCCUCUGUCUUUGUGCUACUCUGAUACUGUCGUGAAUUAGUCUGCAUUUUAUCGUGGUGUUUUUUGUGAUUUCAAACGUGCUUUCGCUUGAUUUUAGGCCCAUGGAAUCGAAAUGUAACAACUCUCCAGUGACUGCAGUGUGCUUAAUAAAACGCUACUGGUUCAAGCUGA